AUCAGUCUACAAGUGAGGACGAGCAUCAGACCUUCAGACAGAAGUCAAAUCUGAGUUUAUUGAAGGACAGUGGGAAGAUGAGUGAUCCAGAACCCUGCAGAAUUACAGAUGAAGACACUGAAGAACAAACAGAUCUUAGUGAAGAGAGUAAGGAGAGUGAAGAUGAUGAACUCCUAAAAGCUGAGAAAACACCUCAUUUACAGACUGAAGAUGCUUUAAUGCAAAGAAACAAGAAAUGUUUGACCUGCAGUCAGUGUGGGAAGAGUCUGGCAAGCAAAAACAGUAUUAAUCGACACAUGAUGAUCCACACUGGAGAGAAACCAUUCACAUGCACUCAGUGUGGGACGAGUUUUAGACUAUCAUCAUCUCUUACUCAACACAUGAUGAUCCACACGGGAGAGAAACCCCACAGAUGUGAUCAAUGCGGCAAAACAUUUUUGAGGGCGUCAGGGCUGAAAGUCCAUCUUAGAACUCAUACAAAGGAGAAGCCUUAUUCAUGCUCUGAGUGUGGAAAGAGUUUUACAGAUCGGUCAAGUGUAAGAAAACAUCAGAGAAUCCACACUGGUGUAAAAGAGUAUAUGUGCUUUGAGUGUGAGAAGACUUUUAGUACAGCUAGAGAUUUGGAAGGGCACCAGAGGAUUCACAAUGGAGAGAAACCGUACACAUGCACUCAGUGUGGGAAGAGUUACAGCAUCUUAGCAUCCCUUACUAGACACUUGAUGAUCCACACUGGAGAGAAACCAUUCACAUGCACUCAGUGUGGGAAGAGUUUCACCGACUCAUCAUCCCUUAAAAAACACUUGAUGAUCCACACUGGAGAGAAACCGUUUACAUGCACUCAGUGUGGGAUGAGUUUUACACGCUCAUCAUCCUUUAAUAAACACUGGAUGAUCCACACUGGAGAGAAACCAUUUGCAUGUACUCAGUGUGGGAAAAGUUUCACAAACUCAUCAUCCCUUAAUCAACACAUGAAGAUCCACACUGGAGAGAGAAAACACAGAUGUGAUCAAUGCGGCAGAGCAUUUUUAAAGGCUUCAGUGCUGAAAGUCCAUCUCAGAACUCAUACAAAGGAGAAGCCUUAUUCAUGCUCUGAGUGUGGAAAGAGAUUUACAAUUAUGUCAAGUUUAAAGGUACAUCAGAAGAUCCACACUGGUGUAAAAGAGUAUAUGUGCUUUGAGUGUGAGAAGACUUUUAUUACAGCUAAAGAAUUGAAACUGCAUGAGAUGACUCACACUGGAGAGAAACCAUUCACAUGCAGUCAGUGUGGGAAGAGUUUCAGCCGAUCAUCAUCCCUUAAUGAACACAAGAGGAUCCACACUGGAGAGAAACCAUUCACAUGCACUCACUGUGGGACGAGUUUCCACCGGUCAUCAUCCUUUAAUGAACACAUGAAGAUUCACAAAGGAGAGAAAACCCACAGAUGUGAUCAAUGCGGGAAAACAUGUUUGAAUGCGUCAGACCUGAAACGUCAUCUGAGAACUCAUACAAAGGAGAAGCCUUAUUCAUGCUCUGAGUGUGGAAAGAGUUUUACACAGCUGUCACAUUUAAGACAACAUCAGAAGAUCCACACUGGUGUUAAAGAGUAUGUGUGCUUUGAGUGUGAGAAGACCUUUAUUACAGCUGCAAGAUUGAAUCGGCACCAGAAGAUCCACACUAGAGAGAAAUCGUACUCAUGUGAUCAGUGUCUGGAGAGUUUCACACACUCUGUGCAGCUUAAUGAACACAUGAAAAUUCACACCGGAGAAAAGCAGCACACAUGACAUGAAUGCAGAGGAGCAUUCUCUUGUGUGUAAUGCUGUGUUCACACCAGACGCGGAACGCACAGAUAAAUUGCUUUAUUCGGCCGUAAAUAGACUUGAGUUUACUCGCUUCAUUCGCACAUCAAAUUCGCUAUGUCAUAAUCAUGGCCCCACAAGAGCAAGCCCCUGAUUGGUUAAUGCAGUGCGAAUGUCCGCUUAAGUUCAGAUUUUUGAACUCGAGCGUUUUGAGCGAUUUGCGUGUAUCACGCUGCAGGAUGUCUAUUCGCGUCUUUGCAUUGACUUAACAUGU